AUGGGCACAGGCGGCGCAUUAUGUCUAAGUGUUGGUACCCUUAGUCAGGUUGCUCUUUUCAACUCGAUCGUCAACAUCGCUACCGACUUCUUGCUCGCCCUCCUGCCUAUUCCGGUCAUAUUUAGUCUUCAAGUUCGAAUCCGCAUCAAAAUCAUACUCGCCCUCGUCCUCUCGCUCGGUAUAUUUGUAUCUGUUGCUGGGAUAAUGAAGGCCCAUGUAAGCAAAACCAUUUUGAACGACCCCGAACGCUUCGUACAUGACACAUUCUCCAUGUGGAACUUCAUCGAGCUUGAUGUCGGUAUUUUAGCCGCCUCUUUGCAUACGCUCAGGCCUCUGUUCAAUCGCUUUCUUGAAGCUGCGCGAUCAGUCGUACAGAGUCAGCCUACCACAACACCACGAUUCAGCUUCCGAGAACCUGGAUCGUUAGGAUAUGCGAAGCAAACAGAUGAGUUUGGCGAAGUACUCGAGUUAGGGCAAUAUAAGGCUGGAUGCGAAACGACGGUUAGGGUCUCAUCACGACUGCCGGAAGGUCACGAUGCGCGUUCCUAG